AUGGAAUAAAAAGAAGAUCUGUAUGAAAUCUUCACUUCAUCAAUGGAUUUUGAAGAAUAAAUAUACAACUCAAUAAUUCAAAUUUUGAGAAAAGAAAAUAUUUCAGACUGUUUACAAUAUCUUUCUGAUGAUGAAAAUCUCUAAAGUUGUGAAUAGUAAAUUCUAAAAGUAAUAUAAUUAACUCAUUUCGAUUAAAAAGAGAAGUUAAAUGUGGCAAAAGAUAAAAUGAAGAGAAUAAUGAAUAUUAUGAAAAAAAUUAAAGAUCAUGACUUUAAUAAAAACAAUUAUUCUACAGAUGUCUAUGAAGUAUCUAGGAAAGAUUUAAUUUAAAAAAUAGCAUAAGAUGAGAAAGUUGUCAAAUUGUUAAAAUUUUUAGUUCAGCUUACUGCUAUAGAUAAAUAAUUCAUCUAAAGUGGUUCGAACUCUCUAAAUAUAUUAGUUUAAAUGAAGGAAGAUUUGAAGAAUCAAUCAUUCGAGAAAAUCAGGAUAUAGAAUACUUCUUUAUUUGGAGGAAACUUUUCUAGGUGCAAUUUAAAUGAAUCAUAAUUGGAAAAUGUGGAUAUAAGUGGAGUUAAUUUGAAUGGGGCUUUGCUUUUUGAAUGUAAAUGGAAGAACAUUAGAAUUCACGAACUGAAUUAAUUAAAUGGUCAUAGGAGUAGUGUUAAUGUAGUCUGCUUUUCGCUUGAUGGAACUAUUUUAGCUUCUGGGGGUGGAAGUAAGUAGGGAGAUAAAGAUUGCUCUAUUCGUUUAUGGGAUAUUAAGAAAGGAUAAUAAAACUUCAAAUUAGAUGGCCAUAAUGAGCAAAUUUUAUCAUUAUGCUUCUCACCUGAUGGAACUACCUUAGCUUCCUGUAGUUACGAUAAGUCAAUAAUUUUAUGGGACGUUAAGACAAGGAAAAAAAGAGCUAAAUUUAAUCGAUUUACUAGUUUCGUCCUAUCGGUAUGCAUUUCACCAGAUGGAAGUUUCUUAGCAUCUGGUAGUAGUGAUAAUUCAAUCCGUUUAUGGGAUGUUAAGACUGGAUAAUAAAAAGCAAAAUUAAAUGGUCAUACUAGUAAUGUUUGGUCGGUAUGUUUCUCCCCAGAUGGAAUUAUUAUAGCAUCUGGUAGUAGUGAUAGUUCUAUUCGUUUAUGGAAUGUUAAGACUGGUUAAUAAAUAGUCAAAUUGGAUGGUCAUUGUAAUGAUAUCAACUCAGUCUGUUUCUCACCAGAUGGAACUAAAUUAGCAUUUUUUAAUUACGAUAACUCUAUUUGUUUAUGGGAUUUUUUAACUAAAUAAUAUAAAGCCAAAUUGGAUGGUCAUAGUGAUCAAAUUCGAUCACUUUGUUUCUCGCCAGAUGGAACUACUUUAGCAUUUGCUAGUGAUCAUUACUCAAUCCGUUUAUGGGAUGUUAAAACUGGAUAAUAAAAAACCUAAUUAGAUGGUCAUUGGGAUGAUGUUCGAUCAUUAUGUUUCUCACCAGAUGGAAUUACUUUAGCUUCUGGAAGUGGAGAUAAAUCUAUCCGUCUAUGGGAUGUCAAGACAGGAUAAUAAAAAGCUAUA